CGGACCCUCAGACAUCCGAAGACCCCUGAGACGAGCAGACGUUCUAAGUAUUAGAUCAGGGACGGACUACCCUUACAUAAACCCCAAAAUUCGAGUGUCUAUAAUGCCAAAUUGUUGUGUCUUUUGUGCUGUUCCGGCUAUUCAAACUUGAGUUUGUAGAAAAUACACCAGGACUACGCUCAGCUCUCAACCGUUGCCGCUGGGUAUCUGUUUCCGGACCAGUUCCAAUUCCCAAGUAUUAUGUUCUCGCUGCUACACCACCCUCUUGUCUGCCGCUGCUGUUUGAUAGAGCAGCCGCCGCUCUAUCACAGCCUUCACGACGCCUCUAGCCGCCUGGCCGCGGAGCUUAAGGCCCUGGCACCCAGCCUGCGCCUGGAUCCUGGCGACAAUCUCACCGAUGUCAUCUGUGAGCUAUGCCUGCGCCGGCUGCACGAUGCCCGUGACUUUCAGCGCCGCUGCGAGCAGUCCGAACAGGAGCUACGUUCGCGUCACGAGCACUGGAAACAGAGAGUGGAAGUGGGCGACGUCUUGGCCCUGGACGAUGUGCUUGAGUGCCUAGAACGAGAGGUGGGCAGCCUAGAGGGACCAGCAGUGGCCAUUCCCCUGCAGCCUAGCAAGCCAGUGGCCUACGUGGCGCCGCUUAUGGAGAGCGUGGAUUUUGAAAACCUGGACUUUCAGGACAACUCGCCCAAUCAGUAUGAGGCGCCAACCUUUUGGCAAUCUACCCUGGAUGCGGGCAGCCUCAACACUCCGCACCAUCAGUCGGAGCCCUUCGAGGCCGGAGGUGCUCAGCUGGAGCAACCCGUUUUGCCGGAGACUCCCCUAGAAUCAACUCCAAAGCCCAAGAAGAAGCGUACCAAGUCCAAGGCCAAGCCCAAACCGAAGGAGGACAGGACUGCAAGCUCACCGCGUUCCCUGCGUCAGUGCAGCGAGUGCGAGAAGAAGUUUACGCGAAACUUCCAGCUGAAGCUCCACAUGACCGCCGUGCAUGGGCAGGGCGAGCUGCGGUACCAGUGCGACGAGUGCCGCAAGACCUUUGCCUCGCGGCACAGUCUGCGUUACCAUGUUAAGUCGGUUCACUCGACGGAGCGUCCCUUUGGCUGCCAGCACUGCGAUCGACGCUUCGUCUUGCGCACCCAGCUGAUGUCCCACCUGCGCACCCACACUGGCGAGACCAAGCCGCGCAUCUUUUCGUGCACCUACUGCUCUAAGACCUGGCCCACUAGGUCCGACCUCCGCACCCACAUGCGCUCUCACACCCCAAACAUGGAGCGGCCCUUCAAGUGCGAUCGCUGCGAAAAGGCCUUCUUCACGCGGGGACACCUGAACUCCCACCUGCUGGUGCACACCGGCGAGAAGCCAUUCGUAUGCGAUUACUGCGCCAAGUGCUACCAGAGUGUGGGCAACCUGAACAACCACAUGGUGAAGCAGCACGCGGACAUUAUCGAGGCCCAGCUGGAGAUGGAGCCCAUCGAGAGUUGAUCCAGGUCCCGAACCCGGUCCUCGAGGCUGCAUCAAGUAUUAGGGCAAGGGGCACAGCAUAAGCCCCGGAUUUUAUUUAUUUUUAGGUAUAUAUUUCGUAAAAGAAAAAGAGAGCUCGUGCUCCUCGAGCAGCUCUGCUUUCGAGAGAUGUUUAGCUUUUAAAGAGAUUUAAGAAGUAUCAAAAACAUUGCAAUAAAAUAUUAUAUUUAAAAAUCAUUUUUAUACCCUUGCAGG